AUAAUUGCAAAAAGAAAUAAAUAUUUCAAAACAACGGACAGUAUUUGUUGUGUAUUUCUUUGGAUUCCUAGUUUUGAACUAUUUGGUGAACAACAAAAGGAUUACAACUGUUAAUUUGAGAGUCAAAAUACAUCAAAUAUAGCACAGCGCUCACAGACAACCCGCAAUUAAACAACAUUGUGCCCGCAUAUAUAUAUUCAUAGGUUUAUUUAAUUUAAAUAAUCGUAAAUUAAUUAAUUAAAUAACUUUACUUCACUAUACUGACUUGAUUGAAAAUCAGAUUGUUUAAAACAGUUAAUAUGCCGCCAAAAGAUGCAGAUACUCCGCAAAUAGUGACAGUGAAACCAAAUCCUCGAAAUAAUCCAACGAUGUUCAAGAUAUUUCAGAAUGUUCAAUACAAUGUCGUGCAACAUAAGAAAUAUGUAAAGGAAAUGAUAAAGUUGUAUAAAAAGAUAGAUGAGGAUGCAUUUCAUGAAAGUUUCAAAAAUGCUUUGCAUUAUCUGUUUACAUUUGGCGAUACGAGUGCUAAUGUUGAUAGAGUAAUACAAUUUGUGGCUACAUUUUCCACUUCUCUUGAUGAUGAAGAGGAAUUUUUGAUGUUCAUCUGUAAUAUCAUCUUUGAGUGCCAGUGUGUUUCCGGACAAUCUGUGAGGUAUAGAGCUAGUCAGCUGCUGGCAGCUGUUCUAUCAGCCUUGGGGGAAGAUGCAUCAUUAGAUGAUGAUCUUUGUGAUAAGCUUCUUGCAUCUCAAAUGCAGCGUUUACAAGAUACUAGAGGUGCAGUUCGGUGUCGUGCCGCAUUAGCUCUGCAGCGGUUGCAGAACCCAAUGGAACCUGAUGACGAAGUAACAAGAGCUUACCGAUUCCAUAUGAGCUGUGAUCCAAGUUCAUCUGUGAGGAGAGCCGUUGUAAUGUCAAUAGCAAAAUGCACCCGUAACGUGCCAUAUGUGUUGGAACGCCUUUGCGACGUAGAUGAAGCUGUGAGACGAGCAGCAUUCCUCUAUAUAGCUGGUGUGAAUGUUACACAAUUAAGAGUCAGACAGAGAGUUCUCACUCUUAAGGUUGGUCUUACGGAACGCAGUACUCGCGUGCGUCGCGUCGUGGAAGAGAUCCUCGUCCCCGGAUGGCUCAGCACCUUCCAAGGGAACAUAGUUGACUUGCUCAAAGCCAUCCGAUUGGACAAUGCGCAUGAUGCGAAGGACUCCCAAUACGUCGCUGGAAAAUUGCUGGAGUCGCUUUUUAAGCGUCUCCCAAUAUCUGAAUUGCUGGAAUGGUUACCGUCAGAGAAGAACUUACGGUUAAUUCCCGCCGAGAAGCUUAACAAAGAGACCGCUUGGUACUGGCGCCAUCUAGCGGAACACCUCCAGAAGAUUGAAGAUGACGAAACAUUGGAAACUGUGCUACCCGAUUUGGUGGUUUUAACAGGAUAUAUAAGAGCUAUUGUGGAGUCGCCUUGUCCGUCAGAGACAGAGGACCCCGUGGGGUUCAGUACCCGACAAUAUGUGCUUCACGAGUUGGGUAGUAUGUUGAAAGUUUACGAUGCCACUGACCCUACUGGCAGGACUUCACUGCAGACCCUUAUAACCGAUAUUCUUACGGGUGACUACGGUCCUCUGAAUGGCGACGUAAUUCGCGCGUUCGUAUCUGCGCUGGAACUGGUUGUGCCCGAAGUAUCUCCCCGUAUGGAGGUUAUUAGCGGCGUGAUAUCGGCACUCAGAGAUCCGCCGGAAGUAGAUGCGCCGGCGCCUCCACCGCCCGUAGACAGCACGGAAGUUAAAAUGCAGAGAGCCCGUUUACGAGUGUCACUUAAUGUUGCUAUAGAAGCGCAGGAGGAGGCCGUAAGAGACGAGAAUUAUUCGCUCGCUGCUGAAUGCAAAGCAAAGGUUGCAGACAUUCAAAAGAAGUUGGAAGAACUAAAUGUGCAGCCCACUCCACCUCCUGCGCCAAUCCCUACUAUUAGGGAGAAGAUUUCUGAUGCGGAGACCUUGAACAAAUGUCUGACUAUAUUGAACUGCGCGCUUGACACCCCCCAACUCAAGACUGUGACUCCUAUGCUGCAGAUGAUUUUCAAUGAACUUGAGGUGGAGAUAUUUCAAAAUCCCGAAAUUCUGCAGAAUGCUUUGGAGACAGUAGCAUUAUACGGAAUGCUAGAUAAGGAAUUUGCCAAAGAGAACAAAGCUUUCUUCUUUGCUAAUCUAAUAGACACUUCGAACGAGCCCAUAGUAACCACGGUACUGAAAUCCAUCGUGGAUCUUCUAUGCAUGCACGGAGCGCGCGUGUUUGAAGACGAAGCGACGGAUGCUACGCAAAGAGACGAAUCAAAAACUUCUUCUAGGAAGAGAAGCACUUAUCAUUCUUUGGAUGCUAUUGAUGAAGAUGGAAGUAUCUCAGAAUCCGUGAUAUCUUUAUCGCCUGCCCAUAGCACUGUGAUAGAGCUACUCUUGAAGAUUAUGGAUAGCACAUGUGCGACAUACCGGCUGAUAAUUGUAGAAGGUCUAUGCAGGCUGUUGCAUCUAGGACAUUUGGAAUCGCCCGCUAUUUUAAGUCGUCUACUAUUGCUCUGGUUCAACCCUGCCACUGUUGAAGAGGACAUGCUGAGACAAACCAUUGGAGUGUUCUUCCAAACAUUCCCAGCAAAUGUUGAAGGUUCUCAAGAGCAAAUACAAAAAGCGACGCUGCCUACACUACGCACGCUAGCGAAUGCUCCGUCUAGUUCUCCGCUUGCCGAAAUAGACCAAGAGGCUGUAGUGAGAUUCAUAGUUUCACUGACAAGAGUCAAUCACGAGCUGACAGACAGCCAAGGCUCCAUGGCGAUGAGUCUCUGCAACUAUAUAGUGCGACGGCCGUCUUCCACAGAAGUGGGGUUGGCGUGUCGAAUGUUGGCGCUGCUAUCGCCACCACGCGACCAACAUUUGGCUACUGAAUUAGCCACCAUGCUAAGAGACUUAUGUCAGAAAUUACCCGAUAAACAGUCGUGCAGGAAUCUCACCCGCUACCUAGGUGCUUUGGAGGCUAUGGAACGCGCCAGUUUAAACAAGAUGUCUAAUACAGGAAUUACAGAAGGAACAAUCCAAAAUGAGGAUACCAUAGCGCAGACACCUGGUCGUGUUACUACAUCAUUACCUCAACCUUUAGCGAGAAGCACUCAUGUAGUGAUAAACGAAACAGUUGAGGAAGAAGUAGAAAUAGACGAGACAUCGCCAUCGGAUAUCGUCAGCAGGAUAUCUGAAGAACCUGCGUCGACAUGCGAAUCCACAAGCCCUAAGUCCGCGAAGCAAUCGUCUGAAGCGGAAACUGCGCCCGCGCAAGAUCCCCAAUCCGACUCUAGCAGUGGUGUUUCACCAGUCAAGAAAGCUAAAACUACUAAAUCUAAGAAAAAGAAGCUAUCAUUGAGCAAGCAAUCAUCAAGAUCAGAAAAGGGUACAAAAGGCAAAGGUAAAGGUCAGACUUCCAGCCAGCAGACGACACAAGAAGACAAGGACAAGGGAGGAAUCAAGAGGAGUCGCUCUCAAAGAUCAUUGGUGGAUGUCGAAAGAGCGCAAAAAGCGAAAGCUGAAGCGGCGAAAUCUAAAAAGAACUCCUCGCCUGACGAGUCAUUAUCAUCACCACCGUUCAACGACUUGGACAGUUCCAACGUUACUGUAAGGAGAUCUACAAGGGGGAUACAAUCUGGAUCCAGUUCGGAUUCCAACGGAUCCGGAUCGAAGGGGAAAGGGAAAAAAGGGAAGACGAAGAAGAAAGUUGAAGAGGUAAAAUCAUCACGGGUUGCUACCAGAUCCUCGGUAGGGUCCAAUCGCAGCAGCUCGCAAAACUCCAUGUUUGAAGACUCCGCUGACGAGACACAAUUGCACACCAUUGUGUACGAGAAAGAAAUUGAACAAUCUUUAUUGAAUGAUUCGACUGAAUUAAUGGACAGCAAGCAAACAUCUAAAGGCAAUGUGACGAUCCCAGAAACUCCAGACGCUAGUGACGAAUCUGAAUCAGAACCAGAACCAGUAGUUGUGACAAAACCGAAAAACAAAAGAAAUAAAUAAUUAUCUAUGAGUUUGUUAUUUUUAUAAUUAUAUUUUUCUAAUAAUGACAUGUUUUUUUAAAGUCUAUUUAUUCAAAACGAAUUAAUAAUGUGGUGGGUAUUCCACCUAUUCUCCCUAUUCCAUCCAUAGGAAUGCCUGUGCCCCCAGAGUGGGGACAGAGUAGGCGAUAAAAAAAUAAAACUUACCAUCUUUCAUCUUCACUUUUUUUAUUGACAGCUUAAAAUCUAAACAAACU